AUGUUUCUCCUGUUAUAUUUGACUUUCUACGUAUUUUAUGCAAAUUCUGUUGAUUUGUUUGAAAUAAACGAAAAAUCAAACAUUGAUAACUUGAGAUACGGCGAUGUUUGUAGGUAUUUCAUUCUUCUACUUCUGUUCAGUAUUACUGUCGUUUUAACUUUAAAUAAUUAAAAUCCAGUUUUAUAUAUUUUAGUAGUCAAACCCCACCGUUACCAAAGCAUCAGCGAUCCCCAUAAGUUAUCAGCAGUGAUAAAGGAAAAAGGAUCGAACAGAUGGAAGAACAACACCUUAUAUUACAUCUUAUCUCCCCAAUACCACCCAGAAGAGUACGUUAAACUGCAAAGUAAUGUCAUUCUGUAGGAAAAAAGCGAUUGUAGAAGCCAUGCUACAUCUGGAGACCAAAACUUGUUUCAAAUUCGUAGAAAGAACCACUCAGAAGGACUAUUUGAACAUACGAAAAGAAGACGGGUGUUAUUCGUAUGUGGGUAGAGUUGGUAGGUGUUUUGUUAGUUUGUCUUUCUUGUGGUUUUUUGGCGGUGGCAUUCUAAAUGUAGUUAUUCAGGAGGUAAGCAGUUGAUGUCGUUGUCAAGUGGAUGUUUGUAUUCUUAUAUAAUACAGCAUGAACUGUUACAUGCAUUGGGGCUAGAACAUGAACAUCAACGACAUGAUAGAGACAAGUACAUUAAAGUAAAAUUCAAGAAUGUCGAAAAAGGAAAAGAAGGUACGAUAAUAUAUCGUUUCAAUUUAUUUUAUAACAAUUUAUUGUUUUCUUAUCUUCUGAGGUGAUUAACAUCACUUUUCAGAUAAUUUUGACAAGAUAUCAUCGCACCUCAUCGACCUAUAUGACCAACCGUACGACUUCAAGUCUAUAAUGCACUAUGAUAGUAAAGCUUUCGGAAGAUACGAUUGGAAUAAACGUAGAAAGCUAGAGACGAUGUUACCAUUGAAAGAUGGCAUCACCAUCAAUGAUAACAUACGCCUAUCUGAACUAGAUCUCUCUAAACUCAGAAUCCUGGGAAAGUGUCCAAAAACAGCUUCUGAAUCCAGAUUCGUGUCGAAAGGGCAAUACACGAAGGUAGAAGAAGAUGACAGCUGCUAUGACAUCGCUGACAAGUGUUAUCAGUAUUUGUGUCAUGUAGACGUUUACAGGGAGCUGAUUCGCAAAUAUUGUAUCAAAACGUGCAAGCUUUGUUAA